GAGGUCGGCCAUGUUUGUUGUUCUUCACCUGCGAUAUGUGUCCACUGGGACGCCUUCUGCGGGCUUUUACGCCAUUACAGGUGCAUGUACUGGACCCCUCAUCCCAGGACUUACCAGGUGCACGCACUGGACCCUCAUCCCAAGACAUCCCAGGUGCAUGCACUGGAUCUGAACAAUGAGUCCAGGGAUCACUUGGAACACUCUUGAGGGACGGACCCACAGCAAGCCGUCGGCAGAUUUUCAAUGCCGCCAAAGCUUGAGGACGGUUGAAAUGCUGAAAGUAAAUGCAGACCAAAUUACAUGUUGAACAUGAGUGAAGGUACCCCAAUAGCAGUCCAAAGGGCUGUGGAGGAUUCAAAAAUGGAGGAGGCUGAAUUAACACCCGGGACUCCAGUUGUUUGCUUGGUAUGUGACCGAGUCAUCAAGGAUAUCCAUGGUCAGGAUAUACACAACUUGUUCCUGGACUCCAGUGUUACGACUCACACUAAUCAGCAGCUGGGUAGUAUGCUGGAGCAAAUUAUUAAGUCUCCCCUGGAUGCCUCUCAGGUGUAUUCCAAGACUUUAUGUCGACGAUGUUUUAAAUUGCUUGACGAAUUGGAUGAAAUGCAGCAGCGAUCAGAUGUCAUAAAAAAUACGAUAACAGGAUGGUACAACCGGUCUUUCUUGCGGAGACUAAAGCUACCAGGAGGAACUGACGAAAAUAUAGAGUCAAUGGAUAUUGAUGACAGUCCUGUAGAAGAUGAUGAACCAAGCAUUAAGCUCAAAGUUGAGCCAUUAGAGGAAGACGAUGACCUUUUAGCGGAUGAACUACGGCCAGAAGACCAGGGAAUCAGACCGGAUGAUCCUGAAUUUAAUCCAGCAUAUGACAACGUGUGGAUGAUGGGCAAAACUCGUGGGAGAGGGCGUGGCAGAGGACGGGGCCGCGGGCGAGGUCGAGGAAGAGGUCGUGGACGUGGCCGAGGCCCAGGCAGACCACCAAAGAAUCCUAAAGAAAAUUUGAGCCCAGGAAAAGCAUCUCUGGGAGAGAAGUUAGGACAGCUUGUAACAAAAAUAUUGGGAGACGACGACACUGAGGAACAGCCUAAUCUGGACGCUGAUGACUCUGCUGGCAACGCGGAAGCUGACGAAGAUGAUGCAAACACCAGUUUGAAGACAGAUAAGACGUUACAGGUGACCCGUCCCAGGGAACCAGGCAAGAGAGUACCAGUGCUAUCAGAGAAGAUGCGUCUUAGUCUGGCAGAGUUAUCUAGAAAAUCUCGAGCUAUGCCACAGACAGAGACAGGUAACACUCUAAAGGAUUUGGAUCCUGAAGGGCAUAGCUCAGAGGCACGUGUUAAGAGGCAGUACCGCAAGAGAACACAUAUCAUCCAUUUAUGUAAGUUCUGCAUGAAGGUGUGUCCGACGGGCGAACAAUUGAAAGAGCAUCAGCGGUCACACGAUACAAUUGAGUGUCAGUUUUGUGGAAAAGUGUUGGCUCGGAUUGGAGCGUGGGAAAACCACCUUAAGGUAUUUCAUAAUGUUGAAAUCCAAGUGCCAGGUAAUGAAGAGGCACUGAAUAGGCCUAAAGAGGAGGUGGAUUGUAGUGUAUGUGGAAAACAAUUUUCAUCAAAAUCUGCCCUUGCUUACCAUUUAAAACUUCACGAUGGUAAAAGUUAUCAAUGUAAUCAGUGUAAUAAAGUCUUCAGCCAUCCAAGUAAUUUAAAAACUCAUCAGUUGAGACAUGAGAAAAAAAAAUAUUAUUGUGAUAAAUGUGGCAAAAAGUUCCAUACAAACUUUGCUCUCUUAAUGCAUGACAAUCAAACUCAUCGUAUGGCCAAGUCUUGGAAGUGUAAACAUUGUGCUAAAGCCUUCACAAGAUGUGCUGCCUUUAAGGAACACAUACGAAUCCACACCGGUGAAAAACCAUUUGAAUGUCACGUCUGUGGUGUUAAAUUUAGAAAAAUCCACCACCUGAAGAAUCAUGCCAAACAGCACGAGCCAAAAACAUUCCGUGGUGGACCAUUUAAGUGCCAACAGUGUCCAGGGGCUAUAUUUUUGCACAAGGUGUCGUACGACCGACAUCGGAAGUUUAAGCACCCUGAAGUGGAAGUGAAUGCACUGAUUGGUGGAGAACACAAUUUGUUCAGCUCAGAUAUUGUACUUAAGAGAGAAUUCGUGAUUGAAAAUGAAGGAGACAGGGUAGCCACAAAUUAUGUGGUUGGAGACCUUGAAAGAGUAGAGGGCAUUGAGAUGGUGGGCUUGGAUGAUGGUAACUUUGGUAUUGGAGGCCAGGGAGGUCAGUGCAUUAUUGUCCUAUCUGAGGCUACUGAAGAUGAUGCCAAAAAUCAGCAGCUAGAGAUAUCAAAUGAUGAACAAGAACCCACAGUUACAAUUCAGCCACAGCUCUUGAAGGAAGAGAUUGAUGAUGAAGCAGAAGACUAUUACGCAGAGGAUGAGGAGUCUGAAGUCCAUGAAUUUGAUGCAGUUCAGCUUGCUUCCUUACAGGAGCACAUGCAACUGAGUGAACAAGUGACAGCUGCACAGCUUCAGCAGUUAUCUAUGGCAACUCUUGAGGGUGGAAAAUUUCAAGUGCAGAUGGAUGGAGAAACUUUUGAUGUAUACACAGUCAGUCCCUCAGAGUAGACUGUUACCAAUUCUCUUAGUUGUUGACUUAAGGGGGGUGACAAUGACUCGGGUCUCUUAGCUGCUGUCGUUGAAUUAGAAGGCAAGAAGGACCAAUGUCCCUUACUUAGUUGUUGCUGAUUUAAGAUGAGCAACAACAACCCAGGUCCCCUAGUUGUUACUGAUUUAGGGUUGAUAAUGGUGAUCCAGAUCCCUUAGUUUUGAUGCGUAUACAGUUGGUGCCUCGUCUAGUCUUAUAGCUUUGAUGUCAUGGGUGUAAGGGUAUAACAAACAAUCCAGUCAUACAGUCCCUGUGUUUUAAUGCAUAUUUUGUGUAGAUUAUGAAAAGGAAAAUAAAGGGCCACAUGGAGAUUACUUCUCUUAAAGUUAAUAAUAAUAUUUAGGUUGGUACAUCUAAUACUUUCUUGUGUUGUAUUUAAGUUGCUGCCCCAAGUUUUUGGGUUGAACCCAUUACUGUAUUUAGGUUGGAACACUUAAUAAUUGGGUGGUUGUACCCUUUAUUUAGGUUGAUAGAUUUGAUAAUUGGGUUAUACCCAAUAUUUAGGAUAGUAAUCUAAUUGGAUUGCUGUACCCAUUACUGUAUUAAGUUGGUGCGGCAAAUAUUUUUAGCUGUAUAAAGAAAAUCUUUAUUGCAACAUAGUGAUUUUUGUACAUUGGACAAAUUUUUGUAAAUUUUGUACAUUAAAUAGAUUGUAGGAAAAGUAUUAUUUUGCAUUUGGGUGUGUACCGGUGUGUGUAUAUAUGUACAGUAUAUACAGUAUAUGUAAACUGUACAUAGUUGUGUUAGUAGCAGUAUGUCAUUUCUCUCAUGACCAGUUUAGGAAGAACUGUGAAUAAGUUAAUUUUAUUUGUAACAAGUCAAGGGAAAUAAUGCCAGAUAUUUAUGUACUGCAUGUGAUACACAUGGUGAUUGUGUAGAGUAUGUGCAUGGUGAGGAAGAGGGGAUAGAAUGUGAGCGCCAUAUGGGAAUGGAUGCGGAAUAUAUAUACUGUAUAUGUAAUUACCUAAGUGUAAUUACCUAAGUGUAGUUACAGGAUGAGAGCUACGCUCGUGGUGUCCCGUCUUCCCAGCACUCUUUGUCAUAUAACGCUUUGAAA